AUGAAGACCGCCGCUGCCUCGAUCGCCCGCCGCUUUAGCCACGCCGCUUCGCCGCGGGACGUUGUCAUUGUCAGCUACGCGCGUACGCCGAUCGCUACGUUCAACGGUGCGCUCUCGAGCUUGACCGGCCCCGAACUCGGUGCGAUCGUCAACAAGGCUGCGAUCGAGCGUGCUGGUAUCAGCGUGAACGACAUCCAGGAAGCGUACCUCGGCAACGUCAUCUACAACGUCAAGCUCGACAAGAUCCCGACGUUGCGCCCGGCCUUCAAGAAGGACGGCACGGUCACGGCCGCCAACGCGUCGCCCCUCAACGACGGCGCCGCGGCCCUUGUUGUCAUGUCGCGCGAGCGUGCGGACGCGCUCGGCCUCAAGCCCUUGGCGCGCAUUCGUGGUUUCGCCAAGCACGCUGGUCUCCAGCUCUCGGACAUUGAGUACCACGAGAUCAACGAAGCGUUCUCGGUCGUUGCCCUCGCCAACAUGGAGCUCAUGAAGCUCGACCACAGCCGCGUCAACGUCAACGGCGGCGCCGUCGCGCUCGGCCACCCGAUCGGCAUGUCGGGCGCCCGUAUUGUCGGCACGCUCAUCCACAUUUUGGAGCAGAACGACGCGACGAUCGGUGCGGCGUCCAUCUGCAACGGCGGCGGUGGCGCUGGCGCGCUCAUUAUCGAGCGGUUGUAA